AUGAUUGCGUUACAAAAUCGGCCUAUCUUGCCGCCCGCCAAAGUGGAUAUCUCACUAUUACUCAAGCCCCAAGAUGAGGAAGAACAAACCCCGGGUCAUCCCAUGCCUCUUUAUCCAAGGACCUUGCCUGGGCCACCGAUGGGUGUGCCACCCAUGAUUUCUGGCCCUUCUCCCAUGGUGGGCAUUCCUCCUCUGAGCAAGGCUGGCCCCUCCGGUGCAGCAAAGCGUCUUCAACCUGCUCAUACGGCUGAAUCACCCGCCAAGAAGCAAUCCAAAUGGUCACCUGAAGAAGAUGCCUUGAUCAUUGAACUCAGAGGCAGUGGCAUGAAGUGGGAGGAUAUCAGCAAGCGUCUGCCAGGUCGUAGUGCAAUCAGCUGUCGCCUCCAUUAUCAGAACUAUCUAGAACGUCGAAGUGAAUGGGAUGAAGACAAGAAGAACAAGUUGGCUCGCUUAUAUGAGAGAUUCAAGGCUGAGAUGUGGUCCAAGGUGGCCGAGGAAAUGGCGAUCCCAUGGCGCGCGGCCGAGGCCAUGCAUUGGCAACUAGGCGAACAGGAGAUGGCCCGCCGAGCAGGCGUAGUGCCAUUCUCACUGUCCAGUACCGCAAUAGAUCCCCCAACUACCAGACCUCGUCGAGCGAGCACUUCUUUGACCAGACCUCGAAAAACUUCGACCUCUCGUUCCAUCCCCGGCCACCUUCCGGGUAUGCCACCCCAGCUUCCGUCCCUGGAGGAGCUGACUGCAGGUGUUCCAGCCUACGCCCCAGCUCCACUACCCCCUCCAAGAGACUAUUAUGGAAUGGGACGAUCAGAAAUGGGAAUUCACCCAGGCAUGAUGCCUCCUCAUCUGGGAAUGCCCCCGAGGACGCUGCCUUGA